AUGGAGGCUGUAGAAGCAGAGGCUGAGUGGGAGUGGAACUAUCUGAGUCCUGAUCCUCGGGCUCUUCUGGAGGCUCUACAGCCCGUCUUCAAACUCAAAUCCAUCCGACCCGUGUACAACCUGUCCACCCCCACUCUGGUCUACAUCGACUUCAUCAUGUUUGGAAUUCUAGGGGUGGAUGAAAAGACGCAGGUUUUGACCACAUUUAUUUGGCAGUUUUCUUACUGGCUCAAUGAGUUUGUCAGCUGGGACCCGGAUCAGUGUGGAAGUCCUGUGAUUUCAAUUCCCAGGACGAACCUGUGGGUACCUGACAUCGUCAUGAAUGAGUUUAUGGAGAAGAAUUCAGCCCCGUUCGUCCCAUACACCUACUUGUAUUCAGACGGUCUGGUUUAUGAUGACAAGCCUGUGAAAGUUGUCAGCUCCUGCAGACUGGACAUCUACAAAUUCCCUUUUGACGUCCAGAACUGCAGCUUCAGCUUCAACUCCUACUUACACCUCAUGUCUGACGUGCAGCUCACCCACAUCUAUGACAUGGAGGAGAGGUUACAAGAGUCCAAAGAAGUGAUGGCUACCAUGGGGGAGUGGGAACUACUGGGGUUCACCAUGAGAAAAAACCAGUACCCCACCGAUAACGGAGAACCGUACCAAGAACUGCAGUUCCAUGUGUCGGUUCGGCGCCGGGCCACCCUGUACGUGGUCAACCUCCUCAUCCCCAGUGGUUUCCUCAUCACCGUGGACCUGUUCAGCUUCCUGCUUCCUCCCAAGAGUGUGGACCGCUCCCUGUUCAAGAUGACGCUGAUCCUGGGGUACACCAUGUUCCUGCUCAUCAUGAGCGACCUGCUGCCGGUCACUGGGAACACCAUCCCUCUGAUAAAUGUGUUCCUGUCCAUGUGUCUGGCCUUGAUGGUGGCCAGUCUUCUGGAAACCAUUCUGGUCACAAACCUCCUGUGUGGCUCUGCUCAUUUUUCGGCCGUUCCCCCGUGGCUACAGCUGACGGUUCUUCAUCUUCUGGGACACUUGGUGAUGCUGCCUCCAAAGUCAAGAAAGAAAAAAGAGCCAGCUGUUGGAAACCCUGAAGAGGUCCGCAUGUCGAGUCUGAUGGUGGAGGUUCCAGGGCAGGAGGGGUCACUGGAGGAGCUGAGGGGUCUGCGUAAAGAGCUCCAGAAGAUCCGCAUGAAGGUGGAGGAACAUGUGAUUGGCUCUCAGAGCUCCAAGGACUGGAUCCACAUGGGCCUGAUCAUAGACCGCCUCCUUUUCAUCCUCUACGUCCUCUUCAUCAUAUUCAGCUUCAUUUCCAUCAUCGUCAUCUGGAUUCAGUCCCACAACCCCAAUUGAACUGUUGGCCUUCAUGUAGACGGAGACAUCUGUAGGACUUAGGGUUAGGAUUAGAACCCUUACCUAACCCUUACAUGAUGUUUAUUUAUGUGGGUUAGAGUUAGACUGAACUAAACAGGUUUAUGUGGGUUAGAGU